AUGAUUCGACGAUCUAAGCGACCCAGCUCAGCCAUUUCCCCCAUCAAACCCGCCGAGGAUUCCUUGCAGCCUCAUCCUCAUGCUCAAGGGGCGACUCCAUCUAGAAAGAGACCAAAGAAGAAGACACGAUUCUCCGAUACCGCCCUACUGGAUGGGACGACCGGUCUGACACCUUAUGUGGGCAAGGCAUCGCUCGCCACUCCGACAUGGAGACGAGCAUCGACUCCUGCGCCAACCCGGCACCAGGAUCAUGACGAAAUCCAGUUUACUCCUUUCCGCGAAUGCCUGGAACCAAGAACCAUCAGACGAAUGAGACGCCAUGGGUUGAGUGAGGAGAUGAAUCAAUAUCAUGCAGACCAAAAAGCCAACGCUGCCUUGCGGAAAGAGCUCGACAGCAAAGACGCAGAGCUGAGGAAGCUCAAAGCAGAGCUGGAAGAGGCCCGCCACUUAGAUGUAACACUACAGUCCACUUCAAUGCCGAGCCAGGACCGUAUGCGCCAGCUGGAAACCGAAAUCGCACAUCUAGAACACAGUGCCAGUUUCUCCGGCGCCAACUCGAUGUCUAGUGCUCACGUACCAGUACGUGGUAGCUCUCCGCAGCCAAGCGACGGAGGCGAUAACUUCCAGAUCUAUGAGGAUGAGGCUACUAUGAAUGGCGAUCAACUUGCCGAUGGCGAAGAUGCCGUGGCUAUGGGGUUGGAACUUGAGUCAGCUCGUCAAGCGAAACAAGCAUUCUUCCGUUCGAGUCAGGGAUCCUCGGCUAGCAACAUCCAUUUCGAAGAUUCUCCUGUUCGUCCAAGCACCAUGCGGAAGAGCAUACCCCGGUCGCCUGGGGACUUCUACCAUGACCUGUCUAAGCAAUUGAAAGCUGCCACUAAUCGAGCAGAGGAAGCGGAACUCGCCCUCCAAGCACUCAAUACCGAGAUCAAAAGCUUAGGAUUUCCUUACAAUGACAACGACCUGACCGAAUGUGUCUGCAAUAUAAAACAUCACUUCCGUCAAAUGCGUCUUGAUCUCGAGCAAGUCAUUCCAGGAGAAACGGCCGGAUCUUUCAACAAUCCCACACUGAUGCCCGAGAUUAUUACAAAGCUGAAGAUGCUGUCCGCACUGGUCCAUGAUCGAGAAGCCGAAUUGAGGACCAUGAGAGACCAGCAGCGGUGUCUCAAGGGGAACUUUGACCAUGCCCUCAUUGUAGCCGAGAAGGCCAACACCAAAGUCAAGGAACUGGAAGACAUUAUCGACCAAAACGCCGAAGAAAUGCUACACCAACGAAUGAGAGCACAGGCUUUAGAGCGGGAAGCCAAAGAGCAUGAGUCCAACAACCGAUCGCUGAUCGCAGCUAUCGAAAAAUACCGGCAAGAGGUCAAGAGAUUAGAACAACUCGUCCAAUUGAUUGAAGCCGAACAAGCUUCAAGACUUCAGGAUGUCCGAGCAGCCACCGUGGCCGAGUACGUCCAAGAGAUAUCUGACCUGGAGGCAAAGGCAGCGGCAGAGUCACGGGGAAGACGAGCAGCGGAGGAGUCUGCAGUAGACCGAUUGCGUCGAAUCAACGAGCUUGAGGCCGAUAUGUCUGCAGCCCGACAACGCUCGGAAGACGUCAAGGAAAAGCUGUGCGUUCUCGAAGAGCAGCUGGCGGCCUCCAAGCGCAGCCACGAAGAAGAAGUUGGGGGUCUCAACUCCAGAAUCUCGGGCUUGUCUACGGCUUUAUCUGCAGCCAACGCAGAGAUCGAUAAGCUGCGAAAGAUCAACGUGAAGCUGGAGGAUCGAUACCGCAGCGAGGUCGAACACAGUGCCCAAGCCGUGGAGCGAAUGCAGAACGAGUGCAUCCGCAGUGCGGCCAAGGUCAACGAGGAGAAAAAGAGCUACAUCCGUGGUGCAAAGGUGCGAUAUGCCAACUGGGAGCUGGAAAGCGACGAUCUGGUCUCGGACCCUGUGGCUCCCAUGACUCCGGCAAGCAUUGUGCGGUUUUCCGACGCCGAAGGCGCAGAAGACCAUGUCGAAGGCACGGUGGAAAUGAGCAGAGGCCGGCAUCGUCGACACGGCUCAGCUUCAGGCCUGGGAAUCAUGAAGCGAGGCCGUCGACAGUACGACAGCGGCAUCGGUAUGGAUUCGUUGAGCGAAGCUGAGGAAGACCACGCCAUGACUCCAGAUCUGAGUUCUGAAACAGGCAUUGAUCAUGCAGAUGUGAUGGUUUGA